AUUAAGGAGUUAGAAAUCGCCUCCAGGCUUUGGGGGAGAGAAGACUGAAAAUCAGGAGGAAAACGGGGACUGGCUCUGUAGAUGCGAAAGAGCCUCGCUGAGUCCUGGAUGUUGCUAUGGUCACCGAAUGUAAAGAGAAAAGAGCGGAGGACAGGGUGCUGGCCUACGUCUGCCCAAAGUUGGUGAUGAUGCAGCCAGAGAGACUGAGAGGCUACACAGAGGGCAGGGGCAGGACAAGCUAAAGAGAAAGGAACAUGGGCUCAAGGGAGGAAGGCGGUUAACAGCCAAUGUUGCCCAGAGGUCCAAGGAUGAGGACCAGCCGGCGGUAAUAUUGGAGAAAGGGAUUGCCGUCGGACUGCCAGGGCCUCGAAUGGGAGAGGGGAGCGUAGACAGCUUUUUCUAGGUUUAAAAAUCGGGCACUAAGUUGCGGGUAACGGGCUUUGUUCUGGAGGCAAGAUUUCCGUGUAUUCCCAGGUAGCUGGAGAUGAGCAAGAGUACAGGGACAGCAAGCCGUUCCUCUUCAACCAUGUAAAAGGGCCGGGAGUUUGUGUGUGUGGAAAAGGCAGAACCCUGUUUGGGAUAAACAAACGGCGGUUUGCGGGUGGCCUUCCUGGGCAUGAGGGACUUAUGCGGAAAAGGCGAAGAGCCUCAUUUAUCGGAGGGCGUUUACUUUUGGCCGACUUUUUUUAAUGCCACUCGUUCCGAGUACUUGGUUGCCAGAGUUGAAAUAACUGCUUGCCGUGAGGUCAUGCUCAACUCUCGCGGGGGUCCAGUAGCUAUUUGAGAUGGACACACAGUUCCCGAACACGGGGAAAGCCACAAAAAUGAUAACAAAAAACUAAAACUAAACUCCCACGAUAACAAUUCCUGCUAGCCCUGGAGACCCCUCCCCUCCCCCCAAAGGGACACGAGAGAUCGCGUGGGGAGCGCCUGCCUCGCCCCGCUUUCGGGCUCCAAGCGGGGGCGGGGGCUCCGCAGUUGGGCAGCGGCCGCGACUCGGCCUCGCCUCCGGGCCGGGGCCGGAGGGCACCGGAGGUCUGAACACAGCUUCGCCCGUAGACUAGCGCCACCGACCCUCGUCCUCCCGGGUUGAAGGGCAGACGGCGUCCAGGAGACAACGCUCGACGACUUUGAGCUCGUCCGGUCAUGGAGGCAUCAGGAGGUAUCGACAAUCCGGCGUUCGUCCCAUCCAGCCCCAGCUUCCGGCGAAUGGCGCCAGAGCCUCGGGCCGAGGAGGAGGUUACCAGUACCUCGUACCUGUCCGGCUCCCCGGAGGAACAAACGCCGCCAUCCGGGCCGCCCGAGCAGUCCGAGCUGCCGGAGCAGUCAAAACCUCCAAAGCCGCCAAAGCCGCCAAAGCCGCUAAAGCCGCCAAAGCCGCUAAAGCCGCUAAAGCUGCCGAAGCCGCCGGAGCCGCCAUCCUCCAAGCCGCGGGAGCGGGUACAAGUACAGCCCGUGGAGCUGGAGGAGGGAUUGUGCGGCUGGGGAAACUUCACUCCCGCCUACCUGCAGCGCUGGAACAACCCCAAGGGCUACCUGUUUUACUACUGUCUCCUGGCCCUCACGCAAGGUAUUGUGGUAAAUGGUUUAGUAAAUAUCAGCAUCUCCACUAUUGAGAAGCGCUAUCAACUAAGCAGUUUCAUGACUGGUUUGGUGUCAUCAAGUUAUGAUAUUUCAUUUUGCUUGUUGUCAUUAUUUGUAUCAUUUUAUGGAGAAAGAGGACACAAGCCACGAUGGCUUGCUUUUGCAUCCUUUAUGUUGGGAUUUGGAUCACUUAUAUUUUCUUUGCCCCACUUUACUAGUGGAAAAUAUCAAUUGGCAUCUGUAUUUAAAGACACCUGCCCGCUGACGGGAUUCAACAACACUUGUCAGCACUACAUCACCUCUUCGCUUUCCAACUACCUCUAUGUCUUCAUCCUUGGACAGAUGCUGCUGGGAAUCGGAGGGACCCCCCUCUAUACUCUGGGGACAGCCUUCAUCGACGACAGUGUUCCCACGCACUUGUCCUCUCUCUACAUAGGAAUUGGCUAUGCUAUGUCUGUCCUUGGCCCUGCUAUUGGCUAUGUAUUAGGAGGACAACUUCUAACCAUCUAUAUUGAUGCCAAUGUAAAUAUGGAAAUUGACAUCACUGAAGAUGAUCCACGCUGGCUGGGUGCAUGGUGGAUAGGGUUUCUUAUUUCCUGCUUGCUGGGAUGGUCUUUGAUUAUACCUUUUUCUUGCUUUCCAAAGCAUUUACCAGGCACUUCUGUAGUACGAGCUGGAAAAGUUUCUCAGGUCCAUCAGGAUAAUAAUAUAACAAAAUUUGAGGAUGCAGAAUUUGGAAAGAGUUUUAAAGAUUUUCCAGCAUCUCUUCUGAUUUUGCUGAAGAAUCCUGCCUUUAUGUGUUUAGUCCUAUCUACCACCACAGAAGCUUUGAUUACUACUGGAUUUGCUACCUUUUUACCUAAAUACAUAGAAAAUCAAUUUGGAAAGUCAUCCAGCUAUGCAGCUACCCUUGGAGGGAUUGUUUUAAUACCAGGAGCAGCUCUUGGACAGAUUUUGGGUGGUGUCAUUGUUUCCAGGUUCCGAAUGUCUUGUAAAGAAGCUAUGAAAUUUGCAGCAUUUUCAUCUUCAGCAGCAUUUUUGCUGACUAUGACUUUAAUUUUUAUGAAAUGCCCAAAUGAAGCAUUUGCUGGAGUUUUUCAACCAUUUAAAGGAGCAGAAAGCAUAGGAAACAUCACAGCCCCUUGUAAUUUGAGAUGUAAUUGCUCUCGCUCAUUUUAUUAUCCUGUGUGUGGAAGAGACAGUCUCCAGUAUUUCUCUCCCUGCAUUGCAGCUUGUACGGCUUCAGAUAAAAUAGAGCAUCAAAAGGUAUAUUAUAAUUGUUCCUGUGUGGGACAGAAGAAACGACUACUAUCAACUGUGGAGGGUGAUGUCAUAGAUGCUCAAGCUGGGAAAUGUGAAUCACGAUGCAAGAAUUUACCUAUAUUCUUUGCCUUUUUCUUUGCUACAGUUGUGUUUACUUUUAUGUCUGGUACACCAAUUACUGUGGCCAUCCUCAGGUGUGUAUUUGACAGACAGCAUUCUCUGGCCCUGGGAGUCCAAUUCAUGCUAAUCCGAUUAUUGGGCACCAUUCCUGGACCGAUUUGCUUUGGCAUCGCCAUAGACAGCUCCUGUGUGCUGUGGGACAUCAAUGACUGUGGAGUGAGAGGAGCUUGUCGGAUCUAUGACAACCCCAAAAUGGCCUACAUGCUGGUAGGAAUAAGUAUAAUGUGUAAAGUAAUCACUAUCCUCUUCAAUGUUUUUGCACUAAAGUCAUACAAGCCUCCAUCAGACACAAGUCAAUCAUUGCAUUCAGCCAAUCAAGAGGAUGAUCAAGGAAUGAAUCUUGAAACCAAGACUUAAAAAAUAAUACAAAAACUGAAGAGAACAUUUCAUAACUGAAAGACUGUUGUGUUAUAGCUGCAUGGUACAGCUGUAAUUUUGGAAUAUUAUACAAAAUGUAUAUUAUUUUUAUAUAAUUUAUUUCAUAUAUUUAACAAUUAUAUUUUUAGGUACAUGCAGAUUUUAUUUUGGGCUAAAAUGUAAUAAAGUAGAUUGUGUACCCAUUAAUUACCCCCAAAAACUAUGAGCAGUUCCAAAAGAUAAACAUAUGUGCAUUAUGGUGAGUAAGAGAGAAGCAUAAUCUUUUUGGGGUAAGGGAAAAAGCACUAUUUGAGCUAAAUAAAGGAGACAAAGACAACCCAUCAGUAAUUAACAGUUUUGAGUACAAAAAAACUGUUAAAAGUACCAUCAAAAAGUCCAUUUCAUUGUGUAAGAUUUUGUUUAUUUUAAUAACUGUUCUAUGUGUAAUAUAAUUAUACAUCUUUGGAAUUUAGAUCAAAUUUUCCCUCAAAAAGAUUAUCUUUAAAAUAACACAAGAAUGUAAUAUAUUAUGCAAUUUCUAAUUAAAAUAACUUCAAUGUAUGAUUUCAUAUUUUUUCUCCUUUUGCUCUAUACUGGCCUUCUUUCUGGGGCUUUCUGUGAGUCAUUGGUCAGUCUACAAUGCUCAUUUCCAUUUUCUUUUAUCCUUUUAGUCAUUUUUCAUUUAACAUGAAAAAAGCUAGUUACUUUUACCUUGACAUAAAGGUAUUUUUCUUUAAACAACUUGCUGAUAUCCCAGACUUGUAAUUCUUAUUUUAGUGUUGUCUUUUUAAAAAUGAAUCAGCAUAUCAAACUUAGAGCUUCAUGAGUGAAAUGCACCAUUUCCAGUGGAUAAAAAAUGUCUAUACAUUUUCCAAAUGUGAAAAGGUUUCUUAAUCUAAAAUUUGUUACACAAAAAGAUCUUUUAACACAUUUCAUGUAAGAAACAAUAAGCUCGUUUUUGAAUCUGGUACAUAAAUUAAAAUCAUAUUUGAAUUGCCCCAGUUUUUCAGUCUUUGAAAAUAACAUCACUCUUCUGUAAUCUAAAAAAUACCCCAUGACUCAGGGAGGGAAACAUGAAGUCUUUCUGCUAGUGAAUUGCUACAGAAUCCUUAUGAAUAUCCUGUUAAAGGUCAUGGCUAAGGUGCCUUGAGUACAGAGUUGGUGAUAGAGAACUAAAAAAAACUUCCUUUUGCUUAGAUCUUCUCAACUUCAACCAGGCUAAGCUCAGAACAAACUGAAGAGCAGAGAAUUCUGCUUCUUCCAGAGUUCUAUAUAAUUUGUUCUUGUGAACAAAUUUGUCUAAUUUUAUACUGGUUAGUCAAUCUUCAUAAAUAAAUAAAUUCAGCUUGUUAUGAUGACUUUUAGAAAUUUGAAUGUAAUAAUUUUGUAUGUAAUUUGUAUACUAUUAAUCUUUAAGUAUUCAUAGAAGUAUUGACUAGACAUCGAUUCUUUUAGAAAAUAUAAGUGACUCUUUAAAAAUUCAGAUGGUUAACAAAUGUAUGGAAAUUUUUAUGACUGUGAAAUAUGAGAAAAUAAUAAAAUUCUGGAUGUUUAGAAAAUGUUCUUUAUAAAGAACACAUGUGAAUUUGUUUAUCAGAUAAUUUGAGUUACCAAGGUUAUAUGAUAAAAAUAUGUUGAUUCGGAAUUUUGGGGGGCAAGAUUUGGAAUUUUUAACUGUUCCAAAGACUGUAAAAGUUUGGCCUUGAUUAAUUUGAAAUAAAUUUUUAAAAUUGA